UACUUUGGCCUUCUUUUCACCUGCUUUGAGAUGUGUAAGCAGGUUUGCCUUUACCGCAACGGGUACAUCGUCUCACCCCUGAGCUACAAACCUGCACCAGGGGUCGACCAGAGCCUCGGGCCGUACGAGCUGGAGGAGGUGAAGCGCUACUUGAAAAACAGGAACUUUGGGUCGGGGGAGUCAUCUUUUGGAAACCGCUGGUGAAACUUCACAUGAGAGGAUGUCUUGUGAAAAAUACUGACAGCUGAACACACUUGACCAGCAAAAUGAGUUAUUUGCCGGACUGAAAUACUUCAGAGGCUUGUGUCUAUCACAAUUACAUAACAUUGGGCUUCUUAUAUGUCCUCAUAUAAGGUAUUAACAUUUACAUUAUGUCAGCAACAGUCUACCUCUUUCAGGAUAUUUUUAUUUUAUCUGAUAUAACAAUAUCAUAGCUCAAUAUGCCUUGAGCGUUAACUAUUUAUUUCGGGGCUUAUUUCAGUUAUAUCAAAUAGUGCCAUAGUUUAUUCAAAUAGAUUCUCCUUUACUCUACUUGUGAGAAAGCUUUUAAUGUACAAUGAAUGGAAUGAUUCAUAUGUUUGAGAAUGUUAUGGAUAAACAUGUUUGUGAAGCAAGAAAUGUGCUUACAACAUUAAAAUUUCACUGACACAUUUUUCAUUCUUAAGAUGUUCUUUUGUAAAUCUUGAUUAUAUAGAUUAUAUAUUUAUAAUCUCAGAUGACCUGACCUUCAGGCAGAUAAAACUGUGUUAUGACUCCACUUAGCCCUGUAGUAAAAAUGCAACUUAAUGUCUGUACUCUGCUAAUAGUGUUACUUGUUUCCAAUGAAUAUUCUUGCAUCUAGUGACAAUUUCUGAUAACGGGCAAAGCAUCUGGUAAGAUUUCAGACAGGCUGACUUGGUAUUUAGUUAAUAAAGUUCAGGUUCGCCAGCUGAUUCAAACAUGUCCUCCUCCUUCACCUCCAUACUGUGGGAAACUGAGUGGCAGCCAAAGGACAUUAACAGAUGGGAUGACCUUUACCCACCAUAGCCUUUAGGCCUCAGCUGCUUCAAACGUGACAUUUGACACGACCUUGACUUGAUCCAAAACUUAAUUCAACAACAUACCAGUAUCUCCUGAGUUGUGUGGAGAUGUGAUUCAAUCAGAAUAUCUAAACAAUUUGUCAAGCAGUUAAACUUUAGAAACUCUUGCAGGACAGAUAACUGUUGGUCUUGCUAUAAUUUACUUGAGUGAUGAGGGAGAGCGCCAAAUCUGAAUCAAAGGACAUCAGUUAGCCCCGCCCACUUCUCCCACAGCCGACCAAUGAGACGCGAGGGUCGAUGUUCACUGGUUUUCUCGGGUUCAGUCUUCUUAAAUCCCCUCUCUUCUAGGUUGGACUCGGCCAUUUCAACUCCGCAGGCAAAACCCACCGGUUCUAAGCAGCGGGACGCUGUCUGAUAACAUCUGAAGAUGACUGAACAAGCUAUUUCCUUUGCCAAGGACUUCUUGGCUGGUGGUAUUGCCGCUGCCAUCUCCAAAACAGCCGUAGCCCCCAUCGAGAGAGUCAAGCUUCUUCUCCAGGUUCAACAUGCCAGCAAACAGAUUACAGUUGACAAGCAGUACAAGGGCAUCAUUGACUGUGUCGUCCGUAUCCCAAAAGAGCAGGGCUUCAUCUCGUUCUGGAGAGGGAAUCUGGCUAACGUCAUCCGAUACUUCCCCACUCAGGCCCUCAACUUUGCUUUCAAGGACAAGUACAAGAAGGUUUUCCUUGAUGGCGUGGACAAGCACACACAGUUCUGGAGAUACUUUGCGGGUAACUUGGCGUCUGGCGGUGCCGCCGGAGCCACUUCGCUCUGUUUCGUCUAUCCCCUCGACUUCGCCAGAACACGUCUGGCUGCUGAUGUCGGCAAAACCGGACAGGGGCGUGAGUUCAAAGGCCUGGGAGACUGCUUGGUGAAGAUCUCCAAGUCUGAUGGGAUCAAGGGUCUGUACCAGGGCUUCAGCGUUUCAGUACAGGGCAUUAUCAUCUACAGAGCUGCUUACUUUGGCGUCUACGACACCGCAAAGGGCAUGCUUCCAGACCCCAAGAACACACACAUUUUUAUUAGCUGGAUGAUCGCUCAGUCUGUGACUGCGGUCGCUGGUCUUGUGUCCUACCCCUUUGACACUGUCCGUCGUCGUAUGAUGAUGCAGUCUGGACGCAAAGGAGCCGACAUCAUGUACACUGGCACCCUUGACUGCUGGAAGAAAAUUGUACGUGACGAGGGUGCCAAGGCCUUCUUCAAGGGAGCGUUGUCUAACGUGCUUAGAGGCAUGGGUGGUGCCUUCGUGCUUGUCUUGUAUGAUGAGCUUAAGAAAGUCAUCUAAGUUGUUUUUGUAUUUCCACUGUUCAUGUUGUGAAGUUUAACUGUAACAUAUCUUGUACAUUUGGAAGGACUUAAAUGCCGUGCUAUAUUUAUAGGGACCAACUAGUAUUUUCUACUAGUUGUACUGGGGGAAUCUGUUAUGCACUCUUGUCUUGGCCCAUGCUUUUUUGUUUUGCCCCUCACCAGAAUGUCAUUCCCUGAACACAGGAACCUUACAGGAAAAAAAGAGAAAUAAACGCAACCUACUGAGUGA